UUCAAAGUUGGAGACAAGGUUGUGCCCUGUGGGUUACCUUGGUGUGGAGACUGCUACGCCUGCAAUCACAAGAGAGGAGCCAAAAGUUAUAUUCUUUUUUUGGUUUGGGAACUUUCUGUGAAUAUAUUGUUGUUCAUGUGUCUCAGUUGGGAAAGGUAUCUCCUGAGACUUGUCUGGAGAGUUUAGCGCCUCUAGGGUGUGCUGUUUUGACCGGCUGGGGGGCAGCUGAAGCAGUAGCUGGGGUCAAACAGGCUGAUAAGGUGGCAGUGUGGGGGGCCGGGGCUGUCGGACUUUCAGCAAUCAUGGCCUCAGCAAUUGCCAAGGCGGAGACAAUUAUAGCUGUAGAUAUUGAUGCAGAUAAACUUGAAACAGCUCUACAGUUUGGAGCUACUCAUACUCUUCUAGCAGAUGUGGAUACACCACAUAAAAUCUUCCAGAUUUGCGGAAGCGGAGUUGAUUUUGCCUUUGAAUGCAGUGGUAGCCCAAAAGCCAGAGAACAAGUGAUACAUUCGAUACAGACUGGAUGGGGUGUAGCAGUCAUGAUUGGAUUAUCUCCGCAAAGUGCUGUCAUUAGUAUUCCACCAAAUGUGAUAAUUGGACAGGGGAAGACCGUCCGUGGAACUGUAUUUGGUGGUUGGAAAAAUCCUAAAGAGGCGCUGACAAAACUAGCGGAUAGUUUUACAAAAAACAGUGUCCCAGAUAUACAAGGUCUUAUAUCAUCAGAGAUCAAGUUAAAGGAUGUGGGGUCAGCUCUUCAAACACUGAUAAAAUCUAACAAACAUUGUAGAAUACUGAUAAGAUUUUGAUUAACUUGUAAAAUAUUAUAAAUUAUUGCAAAUUAAA